AGGAUCUAUGAUCCGGAAUUCCUCCAUCCGGUGACCUUCUAGUGCCAUGGCUGGACUCGGUGCCGCUUUUCGCCGUUUAGGCGCUGUGUCCGGAGCCAGUGCCUUGGGGCUGGCCACUUACGGAGCGCAUGGUGCGAACAUCCGGGAUUCAUAUCAUAAGGAGCUUUUUGAGAAAACCAACAAACACCACUUCUUCCAUAGUCUGGCUUUGCUCUGCGUCCCCCUCUGCAGCAAGCCAGUUUGGGCAGGGACUCUGCUUACCUCUGGGAUCUCAUUCUUCUGUGGCAGCUUUUAUUAUCAGGCCCUGACAGAAGACACUAAGGCAAUGUCAAUUGCCCCUGUGGGGGGCUGCCUGCUUAUUCUUGGCUGGCUUGCCCUAACUCUUUGAAGUUCUUCCCCUGUGAUGUCCUAGGGACCAAUCUUCAGACUAUCCUCUUUAGGAAUGAAGCCACGAGCCAAUUUUUGUAAAGGUACUGUUCCUGGGAGAAGCCAGUGUCAGAUGGGAUGCUGGGAACUUGAUUUUUCCAUCUUUGCUUGUGUUUUGCUUGGAGAUUCAGAAUGAGAAGACAAUUAAAAAUGGAGUGUAGAAAA